AGAUCUGCAUAAUUGUAAACUAAAUGCAUUAAAACAAUAAACAAACAGACACAACAGAUAAAAAACGUCGUUGCCAAAAAAGUAUCUUCACAACAACAACAAAAAUCGACACAUGUCAAGUUUGUUUCACAGGAUGCGCAUGCUCAAAAUAAACCGGUUUAUUUGUUCAACUCAAGUUUACCGUUCUUCACGCUGCAAUCAAUGCACCGUUAGAAUAUUCUCCAGUUGGGUUGAAUACAUUGUAUGAGCUUCAGUAAACGGAAAAUACAACGUUUCUGACGAGAAUGCUAAAUCCGGCUAACGGCGACCCGGUCCAUGUCGUUACAAAUUAUGUGGAAGAAUAUUUGGACUUGGUCGAAUCACUGCCUUUCGACCUACAGAGGAGUGUGUCGCUUAUGAAGGAAAUUGAUGCUAAAUAUCAAGAUGGCCUGCAAGAGCUGGAUGAUGCUUAUGAGCGCUACAGUCUGGAGUCCGACCCUCUCCAGCGGCAUAGACUUCAGCUGGCCAUCCAGAGAGCUCUUAUCCGCAGCCAGGAGCUGGGAGAUGAGAAGAUCCAGAUUGCUGGGCAGAUGGUGGAGUUGGUGGAGAACUGUAGCAGACAGGUGGACUGGCAUUCUGAGCUCCUCCACGCCUCCAAGGAGAACCCUGAUACCCAUGUACCCACAUCAACUGCCAUGACGACCGCAGCCUCCAUAGUGCCGUCGGCAGAAACAACUCCGGGCAAAGCAGGUCACCAUGACAAGAGGCGUGACAAGGUGACGCUGUGCUCAGUCGGUGGGGGGGACAAGUCUGGCGGGAAACGGUCACGGCGGCAGAAAAGCGGAGAGAAUUGGGAGAGCUAUGGAAGCAUGGGUCAUGUUGAUGAGGUGGGCAUGGGGGUACCCAGAGAGAAGAGGGCCAAAACGUUGUCGUCCAAGAAGAAGAAGAGGUCAAAGGGGAAGUCAGAGAGGGAGGUGUCACCCCUAGAUCUGCCCAUCGACCCAGACGAGCCCACCUACUGCCUGUGUGAACAGGUAUCCUACGGCGAGAUGAUUGGCUGUGAUAACGACGAGUGUCUCAUCGAGUGGUUCCACUUCUCCUGUGUGGCGCUGGAUCACAAGCCUAAGGGGAAGUGGUUCUGCCCCAAAUGCAGGGGCGAGAAUGAGAAGACCAUGGACAAGGCCCUAGAGAGGGCGAAGAAGGAAAGGGCCUACAACAGGUAGCUUCUCUACCUAGCCCAGUGGACAUCGUGGUCAUGUUAGGUUAGUUUUGUCUACUCCCAAUGCUAUUUGGAAAGAGGGACUUAUUUUAGUAAAUGCUGUACUGGAAGAUGGACAUCCUGGUUCACGACCACUGGUUUAGAGCAGAUACAGCAUAAUGUAAUAGAUUAUUUUAUCAAAUAGCCACACCAAUGAUUGACGCUGCUGUAUCAUGCAUGCAACCAUAAUGCUCCUCCGAACAAAUAAAACAUUUCAUCCAA